GAGCCGAGACCCGCGACUGGACGCGACGGGCCGCCGCCGGCCCGCACCGCCCGGCCGCCGCGAUGUGCGACUGUUUCCACAUGGUGCUGCCCACCUGGCCCGGAGCCCCCGGCAGCGUGUCCGGCCGGCAGCUGCAGCCUGAGGAGCCGGAGGCCGAAACAGAAGACGACCCCUCGGUGACCGAAGGGCCCGUGGACGAGAUCAUUCGGCCACGGCCACAGGGGUCCUCCCCCGUGUAUGAAUACGUGGCUGAGGGUACCAGCUUUGGACUCCCGGAGGACACACCAAGGCGGCGGGCUUCCUCCGGCUCCGGGGGACUGAGGUCCUGGUGGAAGCGAGAUUCAGGGGACUCACGGACAUUCUCCAGAAUGAGUCGACCACAGGAGGCGACGGAGGUGACGCUGAUGACCGAGGUGGAAGCCGGAGCCAGCGGCUACAGCGUCACAGGGGGCGGGCACCAGGGCAUUUUUGUGAAGCAGGUGCUGAAGGAUUCGUCAGCGGCCAAGCUCUUCAGCCUGAGAGAAGGGGACCAGCUGCUCAGUGCCACUGUGUUCUUCGACAAUAUUAAGUAUGAAGACGCUCUCAAAAUCCUGCAGUACUCAGAGCCCUACAGGGUUCAGUUCCACGUCAGACGGAAACGUCCCGCCCCAGACGACGAGGACGUGGCCGCCGGGAGCACUCAGCCUGGCCUGAAGGACAGGGAGAAGCAGGACAAAGAUGUGGCUGACAGCUCCACAGAGACCCCCCCUCAGACCCUGGAAGGAGGCGGAGACCAGGAGAGACUGCUCGCCAAGCCCAGGGAGGGCAGAGGCAGACGAGCCCAGAAGGAGAGGCUAUCCUGGCCCAAGUUCCAACCCAUAACAAGCCAGCGCAGGCCGGGACCGCGGAGGUCCCUCAGCUCCUCCGAGGCCAGCGGGCGCAGGGACGCCCCUAAUGUAUCCCCCACCGGCACAGACACGGAAGCCCCGCUCCCAGCGGAGGAGCGGGAGUCGAAGGCAGGACCGGACAGUCCGCGCAGGAAGAGGUUCCUGACCCUGAGAUUCAGGAUGGGCUCAGGGAAGGGCCCGACUCUGGAGGGGCGGCCCAGCGGAGGGGGCCCGGGAGGAGCGCUCCAGACCGCGGUCGUAGAGGAGGCCGGGUCCAGGGAGGACAGACAAAAGGCCGCCGAGGCCACUGUGCUCAGCAGGAGAGAGGACUGGAUGGCAGAGGGACCGGAGGGGACACCUGCUCUGAUGGCAGAGCUGCCCAUAGAGCCUGGAGCCCCCGCCCGGGGAACCCUGCCGGGAGGGGCCAGCAUGGCGUCCAGGGGCCGAAAAAAAACAAAGGAGGCAAAGGACCAGGAGGAUGCUGUGGCCAAGGGGAGGCCUGGGGCAAGCUCAGCUGCACACGAGGUGGACGGCCGGAGACAGGUGGCCCAGGGCACAGAAGUGGGAAUUGAUGGAUCCACUGGGCGAGGCGAAGGAGACACACGGGGCCUCCACACAGAUUUCCACAUCCAAAUCCCCAACUUACAAACACCCAUGUUUAAAGUUUCCAAAGAAAAAAAACACGACCCAGAGGGAGGCCUAACGCCGGUGCCGGAGGACAGGCGGAGAAGGACCUCGGAAGACGGAGAACGGGGACCUGAGCCAGAGGCUCCCAGGAAGCCCUCGGGGCACCUGCCACAAGGCGAGAUAGAAGGAGCAGAGGGAGCUGAGGCGGGUCCCAGAAGAGGAGCCAGGAAGGACGGGGAGAGAGACCGAGGAAGGACGGAGAACAGGAGGACAGUGCUCAAGUUCAACAUCAGCUCCUUCGGGUGGUCGCCCAGAAAGGAAGUGAGAGCAACCUCGGGACAACCAACUGAGGACCUGGACCAGGAGAAAGGAGGCCCCUUAACGGAGGGGACCCUGCAGACAGAGGACAAAGACACACUGAGAGACAGACAAGAAGAAAAAAUACGCACAGAGAGGAGACAGCCAUCUGCAACAGAGUCACAAACACAGAAGAAAGGAGAGGUGACCCUGGGAGACAAGGAAGUGGACGCCCAGGCGCCCGGCGCCAGGCUGGACGCUGACCUGUCCCUGGGAGACAAGGACAUGGCCUCCAGAGACAGCAAGUUCAAGAUGCCCAAGUUCAAGAUGCCGUCCUUCGGCGCGUCGGCGCCGAGCAAGUCCUUGGAGGCCUCCGUGGACGCGUCCCUUCCCAAGGUGCAGGCUGAGGUGUCCGUGCCCUCCGUACAGGCCGACGACAAGGCCGGUGAGGUGACCGUUGAGCUUCCAUCCGCCGACCUAGAGGUCAAGACUGCCUCGUUGGGCCUGAAGCUCCCUGAGGGCCACGUGCCCGAGGAGGAGCUCCAGGAACCCUCGGCCGGAGCCGGACUCAAAGGGCACCUGCCCAAGGUGCAGAUGCCCAGCAUCAAAAUGCCCAAGGUGGACGUCAAGGCCCCCCAGGUGGACAUCAAGGCGCCGAAGCUGGACCUGAAGGCCGCCAAAGGGGAGGUGAGCGCCCCCGAUGUGGAGGUGUCCCUGCCCAGCGUGGAGGUGGACGCCCAGGCGCCCGGCGCCAGGCUGGACGCUGACCUGUCCCUGGGAGACAAGGAGGUGGCCACCAGAGACAGCAAGUUCAAAAUGCCCAAGUUCAAGAUGCCGUCCUUCGGCGUGUCGGCGCCGAGCAAGGAUUUGGGAACCUCCGUGGACGUGACCGUGCCCAAGGUCGGAGGCGAGGCCACGCUGCCGUCCCUGGGAGGGGAGGCGCGAGCCCCAGAGGGUGCCGUCCAACUGGCCGCUGCUGACAUCCAGCUCCCUGGGGGAGAGCUGGAGGUGUCCGUCCCCGAGGCAGAGGUGGCUGUGUCCGGGCUGAAGGGCAAAGCAGAAGGGGUCAAGAUCAAGGGCCAGCUGCCCACAGUGCAGAUGCCCAGCCUCAAGAUUCCCAAGGUGGACAUCAAGGGCCCGCAUGUUGACAUCAAGGCGCCGAAGCUGGACCUGAAGGCCACCAAAGGGGAGGUGAGCGCCCCCGAUGUGGAGGUGUCCCUGCCCAGCGUGGAGGUGGACGCCCAGGCGCCCGGCGCCAGGCUGGACGCUGACAUGUCCCUGGGAGUAAAGGACAUGGCCUCCAGAGACAGCAAGUUCAAGAUGCCCAAGUUCAAGAUGCCGUCCUUCGGCGCGUCGGCGCCGAGCAAGUCCUUGGAGGCCUCCGUUGACGCGUCCCUGCCCAAGGUCCAGGCUGAGGUGUCCGUGCCCUCCGUACAGGCCGACGUCAAGGCCGGUGAGGUGACCGUUGAGCUGCCAACCGCCGACAUAGAGGUCAGGACUGCCUCGUUGGGCCUGAAGCUCCCUGAGGGCCACGUGCCCGAGGGGGAGCUCCAGGAACCCUCGGCCGGAGCCGGACUCAAAGGGCACCUGCCCAAGGUGCAGAUGCCCAGCAUCAAAAUGCCCAAGGUGGACGUCAAGGCCCCCCAGGUGGACAUCAAGGCGCCGAGGCUGGACCUGAAGGCCGCCAAAGGGGAGGUGAGCGCCCCCGAUGUGGAGGUGUCCCUGCCCAGCGUGGAGGUGGACGCCCAGGCGCCCGGCGCCAGGCUGGACGGGCCUGGCGCCAGGCUGGACGCUGACAUGUCCCUGGGAGUAAAGGACAUGGCCUCCAGAGACAGCGAGUUCAAGAUGCCCAAGUUCAAGAUGCCGUCCUUCGGCGCGUCGGCGCCGAGCAAGUCCUUGGAGGCCUCCGUGGACGCGUCCCUGCCCAAGGUGCAGGCUGAGGUGUCCGUGCCCUCCAUACAGGACGACGUCAAGGCCGGUGAAGUGACCGUUGAGCUGCCAACCGCCGACAUAGAGGUCAGGAGUGCCUCGUUGGGCCUGAAGCUCCCUGAGGGCCAUGUGCCCGAGGGGGAGCUCCAGGAACCUUCGGCCGGAGCCGGACUCAAAGGGCACCUGCCCAAGGUGCAGAUGCCCAGCAUCAAAAUGCCCAAGGUGGACUUCAAGGCCCCCCAGGUGGACAUCAAGGCGCCGAAGCUGGACCUGAAGGCCGCCAAAGGGGAGGUGAGCACCCCCGAUGUGGAGGUGUCCCUGCCCAGCGUGGAGGUGGACGCCCAGGCGCCCGGCGCCAGGCUGGACGCUGACCUGUCCCUGGGAGACAAGGAGGUGGCCGCCAGAGACAGCAAGUUCAAGAUGCCCAAGUUCAAGAUGCCGUCCUUCGGCGUGUCGGCGCCGAGCAAGGAUUUGGGAACCUCCGUGGACGUGACCGUGCCCAAGGUGGGAGGCGAGGCCACGCUGCCGUCCCUGGGAGGGGAGGCGCGAGCCCCAGAGGGUGCCGUCCAACUGGCCGCUGCUGACAUCCAGCUCCCUGGGGGAGAGCUGGAGGUGUCCGUCCCCGAGGCAGAGGUGGCUGUGUCCGGGCUGAAGGGCAAAGCAGAAGGGGUCAAGAUCAAGGGCCAGCUGCCCACAGUGCAGAAGCCCAGCCUCAAGAUGCCCAAGGUGGACAUCAAGGCCCCGCAGGUGGACAUCAAGGCCCCGCAGGUGGACAUCAAGGCGCCGAAUCUGGACCUGAAGGCCGCCAAAGGGGAGGUGAGCGCCCCCGAUGUGGAGGUGUCCCUGCCCAGCGUGGAGGUGGAUGCCCAGGGGCCCGGCGCCAGGCUGGACGCUGACCUGUCCCUGGGAGACAAGGACAUGGCCUCCAGAGACAGCAAGUUCAAGAUGCCCAAGUUCAAGAUGCCGUCCUUUGGCGCGUCGGCGCCGAGCAAGUCCUUGGAGGCCUCCGUGGACGCGUCCCUGCCCAAGGUGCAGGCUGAGGUGUCCGUGCCCUCCGUACAGGCCGACGUCAAGGCCGGUGAGGUGACCGUUGAGCUUCCAUCCGCCGACCUAGAGGUCAAGACUGCCUCGUUGGGCCUGAAGCUCCCUGAGGGCCACGUGCCCGAGGGGGAGCUCCAGGAACCCUCGACCGGAGCCGGACUCAAAGGGCACCUGCCCAAGGUGCAGAUGCCCAGCAUCAAAAUGCCCAAGGUGGACUUCAAGGCCCCCCAGGUGGACAUCAAGGCGCCGAAGCUGGACCUGAAGGCCGCCAAAGGGGAGGUGAGCGCCCCCGAUGUGGAGGUGUCCCUGCCCAGCGUGGAGGUGGACGCCCAGGCGCCCGGCGCCAGGCUGGACGCUGACCUGUCCCUGGGAGACAAGGAGGUGGCCGCCAGAGACAGCAAGUUCAAGAUGCCCAAGUUCAAGAUGCCGUCCUUCGGCGUGUCGGCGCCGAGCAAGGAUUUGGGAACCUCCGUGGACGUGAUCGUGCCCAAGGUCGGAGGCGAGGCCACGCUGCCGUCCCUGGGAGGGGAGGCGCGAGGCCCAGAGUGUGCCGUCCAACUGGCCGCUGCUGACAUCCAGCUCCCUGGGGGAGAGCUGGAGGUGUCCGUCCCCGAGGCAGAGGUGGCUGUGUCCGGGCUGAAGGGCAAAGCAGAAGGGGUCAAGAUCAAGGGCCAGCUGCCCACAGUGCAGAUGCCCAGCCUCAAGAUGCCCAAGGUGGACAUCAAGGCCCCGCAGGUGGACAUCAAGGCCCCGCAGGUGGACAUCAAGGCGCCGAAUCUGGACCUGAAGGCCGCCAAAUGGGAGGUGAGUGCCCCCGAUGUGGAGGUGUUCCUGCCCAGCGUGGAGGUGGACGCCCAGGGGCCUGGCUCCAGGCUGGACGCUGACAUGUCCCUGGGAGUAAAGGACAUGGCCUCCAGAGACAGCAAGUUCAAGAUGCCCAAGUUCAAGAUGCCGUCCUUCGGCGCGUCGGCGCCGAGCAAGUCCUUGGAGGCCUCCGUUGACGCGUCCCUGCCCAAGGUCCAGGCUGAGGUGUCCGUGCCCUCCGUACAGGCCGACGUCAAGGCCGGUGAGGUGACCGUUGAGCUGCCAACCGCCGACAUAGAGGUCAGGACUGCCUCGUUGGGCCUGAAGCUCCCUGAGGUCCACGUGCCCGAGGGGGAGCUCCAGGAACCCUCGGCCGGAGCCGGACUCAAAGGGCACCUGCCCAAGGUGCAGAUGCCCAGCAUCAAAAUGCCCAAGGUGGACGUCAAGGCCCCCCAGGUGGACAUCAAGGCGCCGAGGCUGGACCUGAAGGCCGCCAAAGGGGAGGUGAGCGCCCCCGAUGUGGAGGUGUCCCUGCCCAGCGUGGAGGUGGACGCCCAGGCGCCCGGCGCCAGGCUGGACGCUGACCUGUCCCUGGGAGACAAGGAGGUGGCCGCCAGAGACAGCAAGUUCAAGAUGCCCAAGUUCAAGAUGCCGUCCUUCGGCGUGUCGGCGCCGAGCAAGGAUUUGGGAACCUCCGUGGACGUGACCGUGCCCAAGGUCGGAGGCGAGGCCACGCUGCCGUCCCUGGGAGGGGAGGCGCCAGCCCCAGAGGGUGCCGUCCAACUGGCCGCUGCUGACAUCCAGCUCCCUGGGGGAGAGCUGGAGGUGUCCGUCCCCGAGGCAGAAGUGGCUGUGUCCGGGCUGAAGGGCAAAGCAGAAGGGGUCAAGAUCAAGGGCCAGCUGCCCACAGUGCAGAUGCCCAGCCUCAAGAUUCCCAAGGUGGACAUCAAGGGCCCGCAUGUUGACAUCAAGGCGCCGAAGCUGGACCUGAAGGCCACCAAAGGGGAGGUGAGCGCCCCCGAUGUGGAGGUGUCCCUGCCCAGCGUGGAGGUGGACGCCCAGGCGCCCGGCGCCAGGCUGGACGCUGACAUGUCCCUGGGAGUAAAGGACAUGGCCUCCAGAGACAGCAAGUUCAAGAUGCCCAAGUUCAAGAUGCCGUCCUUCGGCGCGUCGGCGCCGAGCAAGUCCUUGGAGGCCUCCGUUGACGCGUCCCUGCCCAAGGUGCAGGCUGAGGUGUCCGUGCCCUCCGUACAGGCCGACGUCAAGGCCGGUGAGGUGACCGUUGAGCUUCCAUCCGCCGACCUAGAGGUCAAGACUGCCUCGUUGGGCCUGAAGCUCCCUGAGGGCCACGUGCCCGAGGGGGAGCUCCAGGAACCCUCGACCGGUGCCGGACUCAAAGGGCACCUGCCCAAGGUGCAGAUGCCCAGCAUCAAAAUGCCCAAGGUGGACUUCAAGGCCCCCCAGGUGGACAUCAAGGCGCCGAAGCUGGACCUGAAGGCCGCCAAAGGGGAGGUGAGCGCCCCCGAUGUGGAGGUGUCCCUGCCCAGCGUGGAGGUGGACGCCCAGGCGCCCGGCGCCAGGCUGGACGCUGACCUGUCCCUGGGAGACAAGGAGGUGGCCGCCAGAGACAGCAAGUUCAAGAUGCCCAAGUUCAAGAUGCCGUCCUUCGGCGUGUCGGCGCCGAGCAAGGAUUUGGGAACCUCCGUGGACGUGAUCGUGCCCAAGGUCGGAGGCGAGGCCACGCUGCCGUCCCUGGGAGGGGAGGCGCGAGGCCCAGAGGGUGCCGUCCAACUGGCCGCUGCUGACAUCCAGCUCCCUGGGGGAGAGCUGGAGGUGUCCGUCCCCGAGGCAGAGGUGGCUGUGUCCGGGCUGAAGGGCAAAGCAGAAGGGGUCAAGAUCAAGGGCCAGCUGCCCACAGUGCAGAUGCCCAGCCUCAAGAUGCCCAAGGUGGACAUCAAGGCCCCGCAGGUGGACAUCAAGGCGCCGAAUCUGGACCUGAAGGCCGCCAAAGGGGAGGUGAGCGCCCCCGAUGUGGAGGUGUCCCUGCCCAGCGUGGAGGUGGAUGCCCAGGGGCCCGGCGCCAGGCUGGACGCUGACCUGUCCCUGGGAGACAAGGACAUGGCCUCCAGAGACAGCAAGUUCAAGAUGCCCAAGUUCAAGAUGCCGUCCUUCGGCGCGUCGGCGCCGAGCAAGUCCUUGGAGGCCUCCGUGGACGCGUCCCUGCCCAAGGUGCAGUCUGAGGUGUCCGUGCCCUCCGUACAGGCCGACGUCAAGGCCGGUGAGGUGACCGUUGAGCUUCCAUCCGCCGACCUAGAGGUCAAGACUGCCUCGUUGGGCCUGAAGCUCCCUGAGGGCCACGUGCCCGAGGGGGAGCUCCAGGAACCCUCGACCGGAGCCGGACUCAAAGGGCACCUGCCCAAGGUGCAGAUGCCCAGCAUCAAAAUGCCCAAGGUGGACUUCAAGGCCCCCCAGGUGGACAUCAAGGCGCCGAAGCUGGACCUGAAGGCCGCCAAAGGGGAGGUGAGCGCCCCCGAUGUGGAGGUGUCCCUGCCCAGCGUGGAGGUGGACGCCCAGGCGCCCGGCGCCAGGCUGGACGCUGACCUGUCCCUGGGAGACAAGGAGGUGGCCGCCAGAGACAGCAAGUUCAAGAUGCCCAAGUUCAAGAUGACGUCCUUCGGCAUGUCGGCGCCGAGCAAGGAUUUGGGAACCUCCGUGGACGUGACCGUGCCCAAGGUCGGAGGCGAGGCCACGCUGCCGUCCCUGGGAGGGGAGGCGCCAGCCCCAGAGGGUGCCGUCCAACUGGCCGCUGCUGACAUCCAGCUCCCUGGGGGAGAGCUGGAGGUGUCCGUCCCCGAGGCAGAGGUGGCUGUGUCCGGGCUGAAGGGCAAAGCAGAAGGGGUCAUGAUCAAGGGCCAGCUGCCCACAGUGCAGAUGCCCAGCCUCAAGAUGCCCAAGGUGGAUAUCAAGGCCCCGCAGGUGGACAUCAAGGCGCCGAAGCUGGACCUGAAGGCCACCAAAGGGGAGGUGAGCGCCCCCGAUGUGGAGGUGUCCCUGCCCAGCGUGGAGGUGGACGCCCAGGGGCCCGGUGCCAGGCUGGACGCUGACCUGUCUCGGGGAGACAAGGAGGUGGCCGCCAGAGACAGCAAGUUCAAGAUGCCCAAGUUCAAGAUGCCGUCCUUCGGCGUGUCGGCGCCAAGCAAGUCCUUGGAGGACUCCGUGGACGCGUCCCUGCCCAAGGUGCAGGCUGAGGUGUCCGUGCCCUCCGUACAGGCCGACGUCAAGCCCUGUGAGGUGACCGUUGAGCUUCCAUCCGCCGACCUAGAGGUCAAGACUGCCUCGUUGGGCCUGAAGCUCCCUGAGGGCCACGUGCCCGAGGGGGAGCUCCAGGAACCCUCGGCCGGAGCCGGACUCAAAGGGCACCUGCCCAAGGUGCAGAUGCCCAGCAUCAAAAUGCCCAAGGUGGACUUCAAGGCCCCCCAGGUGGACAUCAAGGCGCCGAAGCUGGACCUGAAGGCCGCCAAAGGGGAGGUGAGCGCCCCCGAUGUGGAGGUGUCCCUGCCCAGCGUGGAGGUGGACGCCCAGGCGCCCGGCGCCAGGCUGGACGCUGACCUGUCCCUGGGAGACAAGGAGGUGGCCGCCAGAGACAGCAAGUUCAAGAUGCCCAAGUUCAAGAUGCCGUCCUUCGGCGUGUCGGCGCCGAGCAAGGAUUUGGGAACCUCCGUGGACGUGACCGUGCCCAAGGUGGGAGGCGAGGCCACGCUGCCGUCCCUGGGAGGGGAGGCGCGAGCCCCAGAGGGUGCCGUCCAACUGGCCGCUGCUGACAUCCAGCUCCCUGGGGGAGAGCUGGAGGUGUCCGUGCCCGAGGCAGAGGUGGCUGUGUCCGGGCUGAAGGGCAAAGCAGAAGGGGUCAAGAUCAAGGGCCAGCUGCCCACAGUGCAGAUGCCCAGCCUCAAGAUGCCCAAGGUGGACAUCAAGGCCCCGCAGGUGGACAUCAAGGCCCCGCAGGUGGACAUCAAGGCCCCGCAGGUGGACAUCAAGUCCCCGCAACUGGACCUGAAGGGCUCCAAAAAGGUCGUGAGUGCCCCUGAGAGUGACGUGUCUGUGUCUGGCGUGGAGGUGGACGCCCCGGUCCACGGCUCACAGUUGGCCGAAGGUAUGAUCUCUGGGGAUGGGAAAGAUUUUUCCACAGGGAAGACAUUCAAGAUUUCUAAAAUCAGCGUUUCCCCCUCCGUACCCUCCCCCAGCAAGCCUUCCGGGGGAGGUAAGGGUACCGCUCUCUCAUCCUCCUCCAGCCUCCGACUUCCAGUGGUCUCUGGCAGCGAUCAGCAUCUCCAUACAGAAGGUGAUGUGGUUUUAUCAGUUAAAGGUGGAGAAAGAAGCAAAAGCAAAAAAUCCUAUUUUAAAUUGCCCAAAGUCUUCUCUCCUCCAGGGAAAACAGCUAAAGGCUUUGCAGCUUCUGCAGAGGAACACGAAGUCCCUUCACCUGUGAGUGUCUCUGCCUCCUCCUUCGAAUUCGGGCAUGGGGGGCCCCAGGGGCCGCCUGUGGCUUCCAUGGAGGCUUCCCUGCCUAUGUCCAUGCUGGGUCGACUCAGGGGUCCCCCUGUGGAACUCUCCAGCCUCGGCCCCUGCGAGGACGUCACUCUUACAAAAUUCCAGGUGACUGUCCCCAGAGGCCCUGUGCCCCCUGAGCUGCCUUGUGAAGCCCCGUCUGGGUCCCAAAUGGAUCCUCCGCUUCCGAGCCCUGCAGGGACGGGCGACCCCAGCUCCACUGAGCACGUUCUACUGUCCCAGCCUGACGGGUCCCCGGGGCCCAUGGACACUAUAUUUCCUGACUCUUACGGCCGGGUGUCUUUUCCUAAAUUUCACCGACCCAAAUUCUGCCUGUCACUCUCAACCUCAGGGGCCAGAGUGGCGGCUCCCGGAGACCUCGCGUGCGCGUCCCCUACGUCUCCCCAGCUCGCUGUGCAGGGACUGGACUCCUCCACGGAGGAAGUCGUGGCCCGCCCAGUGCCAGGCCACCUGGGGCCACCUGUGGGGAUCUCUGUGUCUGAGGUGGCAGAGGUACACGCAGGCACGGCAGGGACGGCAGCCCCAGGCAGAGGUGUCGCACGCAAGGGGAAAGGCAGUCCGGGGAGCGCACCGAGGCUCAGGCUUCCCUCGCUCAGCUGGUCCCCGAGGAAGGGGGCAGAGACCAAAGCAGACCCUGGGCACAGCCUGGGGGAUGCCGGCGCCCUGGGCGGCUGGCCGGGGGGUCCCGUUCCAGCUGCAGAGGCUGCUGCAGACGUGACCCUCGGGAAGGAGGGAGAGGCGGGAGCGGUCAGCGCGGCUGCCCUUGCCCUGCUGAAGGUUGCGCCUCCCGGAAUGAAGGCUUCCCCAGGAGGGCCUGGCCUGCCUCAGGGAGACCCGGGUCUGGCCCGCAGUGAGGGUGGUGUUGGGGGUGUUGGCGCAGCCAUGGGUCUGCCUGAAGGGGCCGAUGUGAGCCUCCAGUUCUCAGAGACCCCCAUUCCCAGCUUGGACUUUGUCCAGCCUGACCUCAGCCCCGAGGCAGCUGCGGCACAGGGGUGCCUGGCCGCAGGCCCCCUCCCUCUUUCCAAACAUGGCCUGUCUCCCCGAGACAGCGCCCAAGGCCUUGGGCUUGGGGCCGGCUCAGCAAGCCUGCUGUGUGGGGAGGGGAUGGCCGCCUUAGCCGAGGAGCCCCUCCCGCCGUCCCUGGUGGUGGGGCGCUCAGAGCAGGGAGCAGCGCCGGGGGGCCCCAGGGAGAGCUGGUUUAGGAUGCCUUCACUUGGCCUGCCCAGCCUCCGACGCGCCCCCAAGGAGUGGGCGGAGUCUGCGGGUGCGCCAGGGGAGAGCGAGGCAGUGGUCCCCGCACCUGCCACAGAGGUGGGCACGGCUAAGUCCCCGCAGCCCCGGGAGCCUGGUGCGGACGGGGCAGCCGUGGGCAGCCCAGCUUCUUCCUACGCAGAUGUCCUGCGGAGGAACCUUGACCCUCGCAUGCCUGCAGGGCCGUCUGCUCCCGAGGUCAGGGUCCGGCCGGGUGCAGGCUCCCUGCCCCUCCAGCUGCACGGACCACCUCCAGCAGAAGCAGGAGAGGCCCCUCUUCCUGCACCAGGGGGCCAGGGCCUGGUCGGGGGGCCCGAGGGGAACGAGGGGCCGCCUUCCCAGCCCGAGGGCCCUCUCAGACUGCGGGCUUGCAGCACGCACUUGCCGUCCCAGGUUUCCGUGGUCAGUGUGGGUCGGGUCUGGGAAGACUCCGUGCUGCGCGUCCGGAUCCCCAAGUUAAAGGUCCCGAGGUUCAGCUUCCCGGCUCCCAGCUCGGAGGCCGUUGUUUUUGUGCCCAGCGUGAGAGAGCUGUCCUGCCCGCAGAGAGCUCCCGACGCGGCCCUGCUCACAUCCAGUGCUGGAGGGCGGGGUGCCCGCACCCCGGAGGCCCUCCCGGCCCUUGGCCCCCCCUCAGAAAGUGCCCCCAUUUGUAAGGUCAGGGUGCACAUCCAGGGCGUGGAGGCGGCCAGCCGCCAGGUGGCCGUGCACAGCACGGUGACCACUGUGUGCACUGAGCUCUCGGGGCCCGAGGUGUCUCCUACCCAGAUCGUGCGGGAGUCAGAGGUCCCCAUGUCAGAGACCGAAACGCUUUCUUACGGGUUUUCCUUGCUAAAGGGGAGGGUCCCAGAGCCCCCGACGCGGGCACGGGUGCACGUGGCGCCUGCAGACCGUGGGCCAGCGGGACACCGAGAGGCUCAGGAACUGGUGGUCCCAGGACCAGACCCCACUUCUGGAGACCUCCAGCCUGACACCGGGGAGCCUUUCGAAAUCAUCGGUCCCAGCGUCGACGAGCCGGGGCCGGCAGCGGGCGCGUCCGACCUGCGCUCCGGCCGCGGGCGCACAGACAGCUGCUCCGACGACGAGCCGGCCGAGAUCGUCGAGUUCCUGCCAGAAGAGGACCCGGAGACAGAGGGGGCCGGGGCCCGGGCUGCGGACGACCAGGCUCCCAAAGCAAGACCGGAAGGCAAAAGGUCCUCUGGUCUGUUCAGGUUUUGGCUCCCGAGCAUCGGCUUUUCCUCCUCGGUCUCCGAGACCAGUGCCGAUUCCCCGGCCGGUGCCCAGGGACCCGCUCCUGUGCAGACCCAGCCCGGGGCGCGGCCGCCUCCCUCGCAGGAGAAGGGGGGCUGGUUCCGAUUUCCCAAGUUGGGCUUCUCCUCCUCCCCUACCAAGAAAAGCAAAAGUGCAGAAGAGGAGCCAAGCCCAGCCGAGGAAAACCUCCAGGAGGAGGCAGGCACCUUCUACGAUGCGCGAGAAAGCCUCUCCCCGGAAGAGCCAGGAGCCGGGCCGCCGGCAGAGGUGGUGGGUGCCGGCGCGGCUCCAGUUCCACGGUGACCUCCGCGGCAAGAACCGAGCGGGUCCUGCUGGAGCGGGACGCAGCCGCCAGCCGGCAGUCCGCGCCCGGGCCCGCCGCGGCAUGAGGACUGGGAAGGGGAGACUGUUCCACGCGGGACAGACGCCCACACCGAGCCCCAGAACCCCCUCCCACACGACCGCUCUCCUGGCGCUGAGGCGCACGACUCACAGCCGGCCCCCGCGCGCGGCCGGGCUGCGGAAGCGGGGAGGCAGCCCGACGGCCCCGGCGCCCGUGCGGUCCGGGGGGGGGGGUGCUGCGCCGGGUGCUGGGGUGAGACCUCCCUGAGCCGCGCCUCCAGGGAGCCACAGGCAGUGCCCAGCGGGCCCCAGCCGCGCUCUCGGGGAAGGGGGUGGUUAACCCCCGUGGGUGUAGAUGUAGGGUUUGCCGUGGCCCCUGUCUUCUCCUGCUGCUUCGGGCAACGUGGUUUCCCUCGACUCCGGGCAGUCGGGUGCGUUCCAGGAGCCCCCUGCCUGCUUCGCUGUACGGAGCUCGUGUGAGGGACGUCCUCCCCCGGGCAAGCCUGGGUGCUGGGUGUAGGUGCGGCUGGACGUGGCGGCCGAGGGGGAGCCGGGGGAGGUCUGCAGUGUCCCGCCCACACAGCCCCCCACGUGGCCUCGUGCCCCCACUGUACACGCUGCAGCCAGGACGCCAUUGGAACCCCCACCCUGCAAAGGUCAAUAAAGAACAAGACCCACCCCA